UUUCCACUCAUCAGUCAUCACCCCUCUGCUUCCUCGCCUUGUAAACCCCUCCUCUCCCCGCGGCCUCCUCCGCCUCUGCCGCCGCCGCCGGCAAAAUGGAGGGCUUCCACAACCUGCUCGCCCGCCCCAACACCGCGCCUCUCGCCUUCUCCCUCCCGCGCCCGCGCCGCCGGCCCGCUGAAGCCGUCAUCGUCUGCCGCGCCGCGAGCCGGUGGGCCGACCGCCUCUUCGCCGACUUCCACCUCCUCCCGUCCGCCACCCCCGCCGCGACCGACCCGCCGGCCGCGGCCCCUGCCGGCGCAUCCACGGCCCCCUUCGUCCCGCUCUUCCCCGACGCCGCCGACCGAUCUCUCCCUCUCCAAGUCGACUUCUACAAGGUUCUCGGUGCAGAGCCACAUUUCCUCGGUGAUGGCGUCAAGAGGGCAUUCGAGGCACGGGUAGCCAAGCCACUGCAGUUCGGCUACAGCACGGAUGCUCUUAUCAGCCGUCGGCAAAUGCUGCAGAUUGCCCAUGAUACUCUCACAAACCAGAGCUCCCGCACUGAGUACGACCGUGCACUUUCUGAGAACCGUGACGCGGCCCUCACAUUGGAUGUUGCUUGGGACAAGGUUCCUGGUGUGCUCUGCGCCCUUCAGGAGGCUGGGGAGGCGCAGGCAGUGCUCGCAAUUGGAGAGCAGUUACUGGAGGACCGACCACCCAAGCGGUUCAAGCAGGAUGUGGUUCUAGCUAUGGCUUUGGCUUAUGUGGACGUAUCAAGGGAUGCAAUGGCGACAAGCCCUCCAGAUGUAAUUCGCUGCUGUGAGGUGCUUGAAAGGGCUCUCAAGCUCUUGCAGGAGGAUGGGGCGAGCAAUCUUGCACCUGAUCUGCUGUCACAGAUUGAUGAAACUUUGGAGGAGAUCACACCUCGUUGUGUUUUGGAGCUUCUUGCCCUCCCUCUUGAUGAAAAACAUCAGAGCAAACGCCAAGAAGGUCUUCGAGGUGUGAGAAACAUUUUGUGGAGUGUUGGUAGAGGAGGUAUUUCUACCGUUGGAGGAGGAUUUUCUCGUGAAGCCUACAUGAAUGAGGCUUUUUUGCAGAUGACAUCUGCUGAGCAGAUGGAUUUCUUUUCAAAAACACCGAAUAGCAUACCACCUGAAUGGUUUGAAAUCUAUAGUGUGGCGCUGGCAAAUGUUGCUCAAGCAAUUGUAAGUAAAAGGCCAGAACUCAUCAUGAUGGCAGAUGAUCUUUUCGAACAACUGCAGAAGUUCAAUAUAGGUUCUCAAUAUGCUUAUGAUAAUGAGAUGGAUCUUGCAUUGGAAAGGGCACUUUGUUCAUUGCUUGUGGGAGAUAUUAGUAACUGCAGAAUUUGGCUUGGGAUUGACAAUGAAUCCUCGCCGCAUAGAGACCCUAAAAUUGUAGAGUUUAUCGUGAACAACUCUAGCAUUGACCAAGAGAAUGAUCUUCUUCCAGGGUUGUGUAAGCUUUUGGAGACUUGGCUUGUCUCAGAGGUUUUCCCUAGGAGCAGAGAUACUCGGGGUAUGCAGUUUAGACUUGGAGACUACUAUGAUGACCCAAAAGUUCUAAGCUACCUUGAAAUGAUGGAAGGUGGUGGGGCUUCUCAUCUGGCGGCUGCUGCCGCUAUAGCAAAACUUGGUGCUCAAGCUACAGCUGCUCUUGGUACCGUGAAAUCAAGUGCUCUCCAAGCAUUCAGCAAGGUUUUUCCACUGAUAGAACGGCUAGACCUGUCAGCCAUGGAAAAUCCUGACGAUGGUCUUGAGCAAUCUCUUGAGGAAAAUGGUGCUGGAUAUGACAUCUAUGGUUCCAAGAAUGCGGCUUUGAAGAUUGUCUCUGCUAGUGCAUUCUUUGCGCUGUUGACAGUAAUAGGCCUGAAGUACAUGCCACGUAAGAGGGUGCUCCCUGCUAUGAGGAGCGAGCAUGAGUCCGUGGCAGUCGCUGAUGUUGUCAAUUCAGUUGAUGACCAUGCAUUGGAUGAGUCAAUACAGAUUCCUAGAAUGGAUGCGAAGUUGGCAGAAGAUAUUGUCCGCAAGUGGCAGAGUAUAAAAUCCAAGGCCUUGGGGUCAGAUCAUUCUGUUGCAUCAUUGCAAGAGGUUCUCGAUGGCAACAUGCUAAAGGUAUGGACCGACCGAGCAGCGGAGAUUGAGCGCAACGGCUGGUUCUGGGACUACAAACUGUCCGACGUGACGAUCGACAGCAUCACCGUCUCCAUGGACGGUCGACGUGCAACCGUGGAGGCUACGAUCGAGGAGGCAGGCCAGCUCACCGAUGUAACCAACCCCAAGAACAACGACUCGUACGACACCAAGUACACCACACGGUACGAGAUGACCUUCGCCAAAUCCGGAGGGUGGAAGAUAACCGAAGGCGCGGUCCUCAAGUCGUAGAAGAGUCGACGUGCAGGCAGCACCUUAAUUCCUUCUGGAUUUUCGAAGUGUAAAUAAGCAGUGUAGGCUCUUUUAGGGCAGAGUUUGUCUAGGCUGAUCAGCGUGAAUUUGUUUUCCUGGUGUUGUAUUGUCACUACUACUAUUGCUGCUAGUUCUAGGCUAGAUCCUUGAAGAUAAAAGAGAAACAUAGUGCUAGAUUUGCAGAUCAGAUCAAUUUUUUUUUGUUGUUGUCUUCUUUGUGCUUGACAUUUUCUUUCUUAACUCGAAGGCACACUAUCAUCCUGUGUGAAGGUAUGAAUUUCGCUGUU